ACACAUUUUCUCCACAGCAGUGACUGUAGAUCUUCACCUCAGCAUUUGAUCCUGUCGCGUCCCACAGUGACGUCAGUGCGCUGCCUGCUGCUGAGCGCGAGGAAGAGAGAGUUCAGUUUGGAUAAAGAUGAACAGAGACGAAUAAAGAAGAGCUUUGCGGUUUUUUUUGUUUUUUUUUGGCUUUUUGACGAUCCUAGAUUAUAUAUAAGACCAGGUCAAUGACAUGAAAACAGGGAUGAAGAGACAGAGGUCGUAGUCUAGCUGCGGCUCUUGCACGCACACAGACCCGGCAGGUUUGGAGCGGUGGCACAGACACAGAAACAAACAUGAAGUCCAGGAGUCAGGACCAGAGUUUGUCUGACUCCAGAGAGCUGGACAGAUCUUACGACCCACUUACAGGUAAUCCACCGUCCAAGCCUCAUAAAAAGAGCAUAAAGCAGCGCUUCCUCAAACUGAUCCCCUGCUAUCGCUCAAGCUCCAACUCUUCAGCCAAUGAAAGCAAUUUAACAGAUGAUGACGAUCUGGCCACAGUGAGUCACAGACCAGAGAGGCUCGACCGCCUCGUACAGCAGACCAGCUUCAGCAGAAAAGAGCUACAGGUCCUCUAUCGGGGAUUCAAAAAUGAGUGUCCCAGUGGUGUGGUCAAUGAAGAGACUUUUAAAAGCAUCUACUCACAGUUCUUCCCUCAUGGAGAUUCAAGUAUGUACGCACAUUUCCUGUUCGAGGCUUUUGACACCCACAACAAUGGAUCAGUCAGCUUCGAGGACUUUGUUUUAAGUCUGUCUAUCAUACUGAGAGGCUCCAUCAAUGAUAAACUGAACUGGGCCUUCAAUCUGUACGAUCUGAACAAAGACGGCUGCAUCACCAGAGAGGAGAUGACUGAUAUCAUGAACUCCAUCUACGACAUGAUGGGGAAGUAUACCUACCCCAACAUGAGGGACAGUGCUCCCAAAGAUCAUGUUGACAACUUUUUCCAGAAAAUGGACAAGAACAAUGACGGAGUGGUCACCAUCGAGGAGUUCUUGGAGACAUGCCAAAAGGAUGAAAACAUCAUGCAAUCCAUGCACAUGUUUGAUAAUGUGAUCUAAGGCUUUGGUCGACGCACACAUGAGAUUUUCUCUCCUGUCUGAAGCUGAAGGGACGCUGUUGAACCUUAAGAUAUCUAACCAUAAAACUACUAUUUCUAUCCUUUUUAAUCAAGGUGUGUAGUCAGUCAGGGAAUAAUAAGGUAAAGUAGGUGUUUUAAAGCAUCACACCAUGAUUGAAUGAGCUGUGCAGGACUUUGUGACGCAGCACAUUUAAUGCUGAAGAGAAGCAGCUCUUUAACUUUGUUAUUAAUAGAUGAACAGAGGCUAAAAAAAGAGACAGUUAACCCUCUCUUCACUCAUCCAAAUGAUGACUAUAAAACCUAACCAUUCUUCUGUAGUGCAUGAAUGACUGAGCAGACACAUUGAAGAAAUUGAAUGAUGUUGUAGAGCUUCACACUUUCUAUACUCACAGUUUUACUACUAGAGGGACGGCUCUAUUAAAGGGGGAUGAAGUUUGAAAUCAAGCAAUAAUUUUAAGGUAACAGAAUCUAAACUCCUCUGUGUCCUCUCACAUUUAUUACAAUACAUAAUGUAUCAGCAUGAGGUGUCUGUUUUGACUGGUGAUUAAGAUGUGAAAUAAAAGUGUUCAUAUAUUUUGAUAUGGUCCAGGUAACAAUGAAGAUCAAUCUGAAUAUAACACAGUUUCUAUGCAUAAUUACAGGAUUUCUAUUAAUAAUUCAAAAAAUAUUACAACUUCUAAAAUUAUAUUGUGUCUGAUGUCACAGUCAGCCUUCUUUUUUAGCUUUAGUUGAAGAUCUAAUCUUAGCUUUUUUAGUGUGUAUCUUUUGCAAAGUCAUACAUACUCCUGAACAUCAGGCUGGACAUCGGAGCUGCAGCAGGACUGGAUAAAAACUUCCUAAUUUGGUUUAUUAGUUUUAAAAGCUCAUCUCUGCAUCUUACCUUCUCACAACAAUUGGCUGUUCAAACAUAUCAGCUUCAUGUCACCUGGCUGUUGUCGAGCCAUGUCAGUGAUAUGCAACAGUCUGAAAUCUGCCAUUCUCAAUGCAAUAGAAGACAUAUAAACUUAAAUAAACUAAACACUUACGGUAUGUAUGUAUUUCUAUAGUUUUAUAUGAGGGAUCGUACAGGCCAUAAUUCAUUCUGGCCCUCUCUCACACACAUUCUUCUAUCACAUACAUAUAUUCUUCAACAUAUAUCCAUGUUAGUUAAAAUCUUUGUAUGUGAAAAGAGAACAUGCAUAAAAAGAAUAGAAUAGAAAGUUUAUUUAUAAAGUAUAUAUAUUGAGAAUAUCUAUGUGAAGAGAAUAUGUGUGUAAGUGAAAGGGAGAAUAUUUGUGUGUGACGGCCAGAAUGAAUUAUGGCUUGUAUGGGCCCCUCAUAGAUUUAAUAUAAUACUGUUCUCUUUGACUCUUAACGUUCAAAAGAAACCGAUCCAGCUGCUGCUACCAUUAUGCUGAUGGUUUAAGUUUGAAUAAAGUGUCAGUUUGUGAUUUUUAAUCUUCUAUCCAAGUCUAGAAUUAAUCUGUUUGUCAGCGUAUAAUGCCUGCAAUGCAUAAUAAAAAAAACUCAAUUACUACAACUUCUAAA